CCUCACUGUUUACUUGAAUUUUUGCAACUUCACUGUUGAUUUUCCCGUUUCAUCCAGUAGGUAUAAGAAAGUCCGAAAGAAGAGACUGCAUCCGUUAGAAGGAAACCCCCAGCUGAGGGGAGUUGUCUUGAAAACUUUAAUCAAGAAACCCAAAAAACCUAAUUCUGCUAACAGAAAGUGUGUCCGUCUGCGGCUGAGUACAGGGAAGGAAGUGACGGCGUAUGUCCCUGGCGAGGGGCACAAUCUGCAGGAACAUAAUGUUGUGUUGGUGGAAGGAGGUCGGCUGCAAGACACGCCCGGUGUUAAGUUGGUGUGUAUCCGAGGCAAAUAUGACUUGCCACACGUGAAGAAAAAAUAA